GCCUGCCAUUAAACAACUCCCCAAUGAACAGAGCAAAACUUUUGAAAAACGGAGCCACCAACCACUCUCCUCUCUGUUUCCAACAUUACCACCGCCACCUCCACCAAUGGCAACAAGAAGAACCUACCUUGAUAAACCAGCCUACCUCUACCUCCACGGCGGCGGAGACCCAGAUCGGAAAGACGCUGCUUUCCCAUCAGUGGCUCCCUCCGACGCCCAAUUCGAGCUCGACGAAUCCGAGCUCUGGGACAACGACAUUGAUCCCAGCGAAACCCCAUUCCCUCCCGAGUCAAAAAACCCGAUACCCGCUUCGAAAAGGCCGGCGCGGAGGGGCGCCGCGGCCGCAGCCGACCGGCGGCAUAUGGGCCCCUCCGCGUCGUUGCCGGUGAACGUGCCGGACUGGUCGAAGAUCCUCCGCGGCUGCGAGCGGCGGAGAGCGGUGGAGGACGGCGGCGACGAGGGCGAGGAGGAUUCGGAAGGGAGGAUCCCGCCGCACGAGUAUUUGGCGAGGACGAGAAGGGCCUCCUUCUCUGUCCACGAAGGUAACGGGAGGACUCUGAAAGGGAGGGAUUUGAGUAGGGUUAGAAAUGCAAUUUGGAAACAAACUGGGUUUGAAGAUUAAUUAAUGUAGAAGAUUAGUGAUAAUAGUGUAAAUUACUUAAUAAAUGAUGAGGGGGACAUAUGUGCAAUCAUAUGAAAUUUUGGGGAGCUGAAAUCUAAAUGUCUCUCUCUCUUGAUAGUCAUCCGUUGUGCGGAGUAAUUAUUCAGUGCUCUUCUUGAGUAACCGUCAAGCUACACGUUUAUACCGGCCUCGUAAGCGUGUGAGGGGCGCUGGCUAAUUUUUCCAUUUUUUUUUGUUGCGAUUUCGUCCCUCGGGCUUUUUUUUUUGUUUCGCCUUUGGGGUAUGGGACUUGAGGUCGGAGGAUCGCUCGUGUAUGUAGUCCUGACUUUUGGGAUCGUAGUGAAAACUCGCUUUUUGCACUUUUUGCUUAAUGGAACUUCAGUUAUA